GCUUCUUAGUUUCAGCCCAAGGCAAUCAUCAUAAUCUGUGGGCAAGUUUGGUGUAAGCAGAGAAGAACCAGAUGGAGGAUAAGAAACAGAGUCGUCCUCAUCACUUCGUGCUGGUCCAUGGAGCUUGCCAUGGAGCGUGGUGUUGGUACAAGGUUGUUCCUUUACUGGAAAAAGCUGGCUACAAAGUGACCUCUCUCGACUUGGCCGCUUCUGGGAUCCAUCCAAAGCAGGUUACCGAGCUGCGUUCGAUCACAGACUACCUCGCGCCCCUUAUGGAGUUGAUGUCUUCUUUAGCAGGAGAACCAGAGAAGGUGAUCUUAGUUGGGCAUAGCUACGGUGGUGUUGGGAUAUCUGUUGCAAUGGAAAAGUUUGCAGAGAAAGUAGCUGUUGCGGUGUUUGUAGCGGCUAUUAUGCCAGCUCCUCAUCCUGAUGCCAGCUACUCUGUUUCGAAAGAAGAGUAUUUCAAGCGAAUAGAUUUCAUGGAUAGCCAGUUCUCAUUCCAAGAUGGUCCAGAAAAUCCUCCGACCAGCAUGUUGUUUGGACCCAAGGCGAUGUCAACUAAAUUGUACCAGCUCUCCCCACCUGAGGGAUUAAGAUGGUCUUAUUACUGUCCUUUGGAGCAGGAUUUGACACUGGGAAUGAUGCUAAUAAGACCAUUCCCUGUCUUCAAAGAUGAGGAAGCAGAAGCUGAAAUACCCCUGACAAGAGAGAGAUAUGGAUCGGUUCCUCGAGUUUAUGUUAUCUGUGAAGCCGACGAGAUUGUCAAGCCAGAUUUGCAGAGGUGGAUGAUUGAGAACAAUCCUACUGAUGAGGUCAAAUCCAUAUCUGGUGCUGAUCACAUGCCUAUGUUCUCAAAACCACAUGAGCUCUGCUCUUACCUUUUGGAGCUUGCCAGCAAGUUUGUUUGAUGAAUGAACCGAUUGCCUCGGCUUUCCUGCCCAUGGUAUAAGACUAUAAGUUCAUCUGGCCAAGUUACAGUGCUACUGAAGUGUUCUUUGUAUGUAGUAGUGGUAAUCUAGUAAUAAAUAUCCAUGAAC